AUGAACAAAAAUAACGGCUUUGCUGGACAGAUUAUAGCACCGAGCGAGCGGGAAAAUGUUGCAAACCAAAAGAAAAAUACAGGCAACUCUCUGAAAAAUGACAAUUUCGCACCAAAAAUAGAGCCAUCUUUUAAUGACAAACAUACGUCUACCGAAGACUUCGACGAUGUUUCCGAAAGAAAUGAAGUUUUGUUACACCAAGCGGCGGGAGAACACAUCACGCAAACGAAUAGCGCUCUCACAAAAGCUGAUCAAAAACAAGUCGAAAGCUCUAAUAGCAAAUCUUCAAAUGAUGAUUCCGUGUCUACUACACACAUGAAAGGUCCCGAAUUCGUAUACUGGAGCUCACAAACACCUGAAACUAUCAGCAUUCCAUUUGAAAGCGACUUCUUUGACCUUGAGAAUGAUAGUGGUGCUGAUUCAAAGCGAAAUGAUAUUUUUGACGCUGUCGUUGAUCAUCUGAAGAUAUUGGAGCAUGCGUUUUUCGGACUGACACACUUUAGCCAGGACGAGUACUUUUUCCUGGAAUUCCCGGAACAAUUGAGUGAGGUGGCACCGGAUAUGUGGCGACACGGGAUAACCACAACAUUUUGCUUAAACUUGCAAGUGAAAUUUUACGCUCCAGACAUUCGAAAUCUUCUGGACCCCUUAACCAGACAUCUGUUCUAUCUGCAGUUGAGAAGGGAUCUUGUGGAGGAUAAGUACGAUUGUUCCGAGGAACUCUCUCUAAUCCUCGCAUCACUCGCCCUCCAAGCAGAGUUUGGAGACCACCCAGGCAAAAACAUGACUGAAAAUGGCAGAUACUUCAAGCCUGAAAAUUACGUGGCCCAGAGCGUACUCUCCUACCUCGGGUCGGACAAAGUCGAGUCGGCUCUCAUAACCUUACACGAGGCCAACUCGGGUUUGAACAAAACCGAAGCCGAAGGCCGAAUGAUCAUGCAAUGCUGUAGAAUACUAGACUAUGGUCGACAUUUUCACAAAGUUGUCGAGAUACAAGGAUCGGAAAUAUUCCAAGUGGUUUUGGGAAUCUCGACUGUUGGCGUUGAUUGCUGGCGGCUUGACGACAACGAUGAAUUGUUCCGAGAGCUCGCAUACACUGUCGAGUGGUCCCAUAUUAAAAGCGUAUCUUUAUCUAAAACAAGUUUACUUAUUGAAACUUACAGCGUAGAUUAUCCUGUUUUGAAGUUUGCGACAGACUCGAUCAAAAAAGGAAAAUACUUGCUUCAACUCUGCUCCACGCAUUAUAAAUUCAACGAAGCUAUUGAUCAAAGUUUAAUGAACAAUGAAGAAAAGCCCAAGCAAUCAUACUCAAAAAUGGAAGAAAAUUUGCCGAGGAACUCAAGUAACCCCAAUUAUGCAAAGAACCAGAAUGAAACUACGCAGAGUAACCCUUCUGUGAAUGGCUUUUAAAGAAUACUGAACUUUGGCCCUGAUACUGUUGGAUAAAUUGGCCGUCGACAGAAACCAAACAGCACGAAGAAUGGGA